UUUUCAUCAUGCCUCACUUUUCAUGUAUUUGUUUCUUUACUUGGAGUGAAUGGUUUCACUCAGUAAUCACAGCAGUCAGGUCGUGAAAUAACUACAAUUUUGAAAGAAGCGUGUUGCUCUGCCACGCAUGCGCAGUUCACAGGUCCGUGCGAAGAACAGGAAGCGAACAUUUUUAGACUCCGACGCAGAUGCUGCCGUCGACUCCCUUCCUUCUGUGAUUGAUACUGGCCGUGCUCGGCUCCUUUGAGCGGUUGAAUCGCAAGCAGGAGAACCAGCUAUCGUGAAAGCCGAGCUUUGUGGUUAACUAAUAUUUGAGACGUCUUGGCCGUGAGAUCGGCGAGGCAAGGGCGUGUUUGAAUCUCAAGUGUUGGAGAGACAAACUGCCUCAUCCGCCUCCUCACUGGAUGCUAGCUCGGUAGCUCUUGCAUGUCGUUGCAAUCCUAGUUAAAAGUUGUGUUUUAGUCUGCAUUUUUUUAUUUAUUCGGUGGUCAGAUUAGAAGAAGAUGGGAUGUACUCUAAGCACGGACGACAAGGCGGCGCAGGAGCGGAGCAAGAUGAUCGACAGGAAUCUGCGGGACGACGGAGAAAAGGCUGCCCGGGAGGUCAAGCUGCUGCUGCUCGGUGCUGGAGAGUCUGGGAAAAGUACAAUUGUUAAACAGAUGAAGAUCAUUCAUGAAGCAGGCUACUCAGAGGAGGAGUGUAAGCAGUACAAGGCCGUGGUCUACAGCAACACCAUCCAGUCCAUUAUCGCCAUCAUCAGAGCUAUGGGGCGCCUCAAGAUUGACUUUGCUGAUGCAGCCAGAGCGGAUGAUGCGCGGCAGCUGUUCGUCCUGGCGGGUUCAGCAGAAGAGGGCUUCAUGACAGGCGAACUAGCCGGGGUCAUCCAGCGGCUGUGGAAAGAUGGAGGAGUUCAGGCCUGCUUCGGCCGCUCCCGAGAGUACCAGCUCAACGACUCUGCAGCAUACUACCUGAAUGACUUGGACAGGAUAUCCCACAGUGCUUACGUGCCCACCCAACAGGAUGUGCUGAGGACCAGGGUCAAAACUACUGGUAUUGUGGAAACACACUUCACUUUCAAGGACCUGCACUUCAAAAUGUUUGAUGUAGGCGGACAGAGAUCAGAGAGGAAGAAGUGGAUCCAUUGUUUUGAGGGAGUUACCGCCAUCAUCUUCUGUGUGGCUCUGAGUGACUAUGACCUGGUGCUGGCUGAGGACGAGGAGAUGAAUCGAAUGCACGAGAGCAUGAAGCUGUUCGACUCCAUCUGCAACAACAAGUGGUUCACAGACACCUCCAUCAUCCUCUUCCUCAACAAGAAAGACCUGUUUGAGGAAAAGAUCAAAAAGAGCCCUCUCACAAUCUGCUACCCAGAAUAUGCAGGCUCCAACACCUAUGAGGAGGCAGCAGCUUACAUUCAGUGCCAGUUUGAGGACCUGAACAAGAGAAAGGACACCAAGGAGAUCUACACCCACUUCACCUGUGCUACAGACACCAAGAACGUGCAGUUUGUGUUCGAUGCCGUCACCGACGUCAUCAUCAAGAACAACCUGAAGGACUGCGGCCUUUUCUAAAGGCAGCCCGGUGGCCAGCGUACCAAGUGACUUUAUUCAAGGGGACUCUGACUGGAGGGAACUUCAUGGACCCUGCUGAGAAUGUCACUUUUAACCUCUUAUUAACUUAUGUUCAUCUCUAAAAGUUUUGAAGACGGUGUGUAGAAAAAACAUUUUGUGUAAAGUAUUUGUACAACUGUCUAUGGCCGGGGAUUUUUCACAGUUUUUAAAAUGUGCUUGUUUUACCUUAUUAUCAUUAUUUUAAAUUUUUAUAUAAAAAGGGGGGCCUUGACAUUUUUUUUUUCUCCAUGAAUGAACACUUUUUGUCUUUUGUUUGUAGGUGCUUGUGCCUUGCAUGCCUUAGUUGCAGUGUUUUCUUUUUGUUGAGUUAGAUGUUAGAGGUUUAUGUAGAUGUUACCGUUGAACUCUUCACAAGCCUCCCCGAGUCCAUAUUAUCUCUUUCUUUCUGAUUAUUUCAUUGUCGCAUCUUUUUGCCUCCUUGGACAAACCAAGCAAGACCAAGUCACUCUGUAGACCAAUUCACUCUGACUCUGACAUACUGUGAGAGCUGUGUGUAAACCUUUUCAGAUAAGUGGUUAGCAUGUGUGCUGCGAGUGGGAGCUUUGUUUUGAUUGAGGCCAAAAGCCAGUGUGAGUGAUUUUGUGUGUGUGUAAGAGAGAGUGUGUGCACAAUAUAAAAAAGGGAAUUUAUUCCUCUACUUGUCAUCCUCUUUCAAAGUUUUAUUUUUCUAAGCGACCAAAAAGAAGCUACUCUCUAAUUAAUGAGUGCACAUUGUCGAUGCGCCGCUACAAACUGUAACAUUCCUGAUUGAAUCAUAAAAUAAAGAGAAGCUUUGAAAAGAGGAUGCCAAUGGCGGCCUUGUAGCAGAUAAUAGCACCAUAUUUAGAUCUGUAUUCAGUGCAUAGACAGACGGACAGGUGGCUGAGUACAAGUGCACUGUUAUUGAUCAUGAUGGUUUCAAGUUACAUAUCCCCCCUAGACCCUAACCCUCUGUUUUCAUUGGAUGGGCACAUUAGUGGACUAAUCUCCAUGAUUUUGCUAAUAAAAAAGAGCUGCAAUGGUAGAACCAUGGCAACUUAUGCAAUAAA